CUGCUUACUAGAUGACUUGAAUUUGUGUAAAAAUGUGAGUUUUUUUUAAUUCUAACAUCUUAAAAAUGACGAAUAGGCAAAAGUUUAUACAUGACACAGCAGUUGAAUUUUUCAAUGCCUCCGCGGCGGAAAAUGUGGAGGUUAUCAAAGACUUUCUGGAAAACGAUGAUGUCACAAUCCUGGCGGCCGUGUCCAUUGACGGCGAAGUCCUGUUCCAGAACGCUGUACCCGUCGACGAACAUUACAGCCUGUUGUUUUACAAAAUUCCGAACCUGGACUAUCACAGUCAAAGUACGCAACCGAAAAUCGGUAUGCUCACCCUAGAGGGUGGUCUAGCCAAGUCCAUCUACAACUCGCUGCAACGGGUUUUCUCACCGUACAUUCUGAAGAAAUCCGAAUACUCGACUGAGGUCAAGACGAUCCUCCAGAAUCUACACUCCAAUCUGGGUCUAUCGCUUGGACUGACUGAAUCCGGAAUCCUAUCCAUACAAGACGAGAUCAACUUUUGGCAACAGAAAACACGCACCCUACCAACCAAGGCGGACCGCGAAGCGGCCAAGUCGUUUGCAGCGAUUCUGCAGAAAAUAAAUGAAAAUAUGAAGGAAGGUACAGAGAACAGUCUACAUCAUUUGGACGAAUUCAUUGACGUGUGUCAGUCACAUCUGGAUGAAAUAUGGAGACUCCCUAACCACUAUCCACAGAAUCGCAUGUGCAGCAUCUUCGAUUUAAUCUCAUCACACGUGGUCAGCACGUGCACCGAGCAUCUCACCGAACUAGAAGUUUGGGACGCGGGUUCAAUCUAUUUGGACGAAGCUAUCAACCACGUUAGGGAAACGUUGGAAUCGUGGUAUCAAACAUUUGACAGCUUGACGAGACUUUUUUGGCCGAAUUACGAACUCCAUGCGUGGAUCGGAGAACCGUACAGCUCGAAACAGUUGAACAAAUUCCGUACGAGGUUCAAUGAGAUACUAGAGAUCAAGAACUCCAAGGACUUGCUGUACGCCCUGUUCUUCGACAACGAUGAAUACUUUCUUCACGUUAGCGAUAUUGCGGAACCUUUCAAAGAAAUCAAUAUCUACGACUUGACUCCACUUGGUAACAAACGCUGGGAAGUGGCGAAAUCCCGCAUGGAAUCUUCUUUUGCGAAGGUCGACGAAAACGUGGUAACUAUCCUAAAGCAGAAGAUCUACGAAAGCAUUGGUAAUCCACGGCAGGCGAUCCACGUCUUCAAUCGAUACAAGGAUAUCUUCAAUCGUCCGUACAUAAUGAAAGCCUUAACUGUUGAACGUGAACAACUAUUCCAAAGUAUCCCCAUGAUUAUACGUGAACUGCGAGAGAUGCUUACGACGGCCAACUACACCGAAGAUGAAGUAACGCCGAUUGUUUCCGAAACACGUUGGUAUCGAGUGGUAGAACAACAAAUCAUUCAGCUGGAGGCUGUGGCUUCGAAGGUGUUAACAGAUCGGGAGGGAUUCAACGAGACGUUGAAGAAAAUUUCCAACUUUAAAGAAGAAAUUCAGGCGAUGAUCCGGACAAACUUUGAAACCUGGACCGAGAACUCAAUGAGUGCGAUACGCGAAGGAGAGUUAAGCCUUCGCGAAAACCAACCAGUGGUGAUCUUCGACAAAACAGAGCGGCAACUAAUGAAAGUCACAUUUGGUCCGAAGAUCGUCACCUUCUGCGACGAAGCUCGACACCUGCAGAACCUCGGACUUAAGCUUAAUCCCGAAAUCCAGAAGAGCAUCUCCCAUUCUAUGAAAUUCAUUUCGUACGCUCGGCGACUGCAGCAGAUUGCGACGUUCCACAACACCAUCGGUGAUCGGAUGAUUCCCUGUCAACGCCCGAUCAUGCUCAAGAAUGCUAUGGAGUUUGCAAACUUGGUCAAAAGCGAGUCCGUAUCAUGGAACGACGAAGAUUCAGUCGAACGAUACAUCAAUAGUUUGCAAGACGCUGUCAAACGACUAUCUAAGGAUAACAAUCAGCUUACGGGGUACCACGAACAGGCUAAGAAAUCUGUCCUCAAGCUUAUGGAAACGGAUCUCAUCCGACAAAGUAAUAUUUGGAAGGACGAGAUGCGAAAUUUGCGUGAAAUUAUAUUCAAUCUGGAGCGACAAGGUUACACGAACCUAAACCCGUUCAAACUACAUUGGGACCACCAAUUGUACAAAGUUCUCGAAUAUCAGUACGUUGCUGGCUUAUUGGACGUGCAUCAAAAACUGCCGGAUAUUCACGUGGAUUUGGUCUUUCGGCAACAGCAGAUACAAUUUCGUCCUACAUUGGAAGAGGUCAAGUCCAAAUACUACUCCCAGCUGCGUCGAUUCAUAGAGAAACCUCUAAGUUUUAAAGGCCUCUCGGAACAAAGUCCGAAUAUAUUCAAAGUGAUGAUCGAAAGAAACGCUCAACACUUCUCAGUGCUGUACGAAAAGGCAGAUAUUGUGUUCCGAGAACUAAUCGAAUUCCGGGAUAGUUGGCUUCCAUGGGUGUCACUUGGAAUGGCUGAUAUGGAGCAACUGUGUACAGUACAUUGUACAAAUUGGCAACAUUGGGAUAACAACUUCCGUGCCUGUAAAAAGUUCAGUCAGCAGAUAGCUCGUAUUCAAACAUCUGAGAAGGAAAUCGAUUGUUUGAUUGUUAACUAUGCUCCACUUUGCUCAGAUAUUGACGCCAUCAGUCGUCGGUAUUGGGAAGCUCUGGCAAACAGUUUGAGAACUUCUAUCUUGGAUAAUAUCUCCGUACUUCAGGAAUAUCUAGCCUACUCGUUCCAAGUGCUGCAAAAUAUUCCUCAAGAUGAACUAGGGAUAUCCGAAUCCAGUGCAAAGUACGAGAAAAUUGUGAGUGAUCUACCGAAAAUGACCGAAAUGAUCAAGUCUCUGCAAGGUAAGGACGGAUGUCUAGCGGGAUGGUGUAAAGAGCGAGUAUCCGCUUUGAACGGUAUCCAGACGCAAUGGAACCAGCUGCAGCCUCUGAUUGAGAAUCAUCAGACAUUGCUGCAAGGUCGUCUGGAUAUUAUCAAGGAGAACAUCUUGCGGCAGAUCAAUGAGCUGAACGAUGAAGCGGAGAAAUUCUCCAUUCGAUGGGAGUCUACAAUACGGGAUUUAGAAACCAACGAUAACGCAGAUAUGAGCUUAUUCCGUGAACGUCAAGGUCAGUGGAAGAGUAUCAUUGCCAAACGAGAGACAUUACAGAAACAAACGGAGAAGUUCAACAUCAAGGUUCCAGAGGAUUUCAACGCCAUAUUCGCCAAGCUGGAGUCGGAAAUCAUAGAACAAGGCAAAAAUUGGGAGAUUUUCAACAACUUCCUGAAUGACUAUGAUACCAUCGCGAACGAAGAAUGGACCAUCUACCGACGCAGACCACACAUUCUCACUGAGUUCUUAUCCAAGUGGGAGAAACCACUCGACCAACCACCAAAUGUUGCAAGUUCGCGAAUACUAUCCACCGUAGAGAGAUACAAAACAAUUCAACCGCAGCUUAUCUCCCUGCAAUCGGAAGCUCUCAUCGAAAAACACUGGGCUAAAAUUUGUCAGAUGUUGAAAAUAGACUCGAAAACCCAACAUGAUCUUUGCCUUGGGGAUGUCCUCGCAGUCAGUGACAAUCUUCUACAGCAGACUACGGAAAUUCAAUCCAUAGUACGCCAGGCAGCCUCCGAACACGUCAUACGACAGGCCAUCGUUGAACUCGAACAGUGGAGUGCUACUGCCAUGCUGAAACUGGUUCAACACACAGAUUCUAAAGGAUCAACGGUCUCUCUGAUCAAGGACUACACGGAAACGCUAAACAAAAUCGGUGACAAUCAGUUUCUUCUUCAGUCAGCCAAGAACUCGGCGUCUUUUGAAUCGUUUUCUGAUCAAGCAGACAUUUGGGAAGAAAAGCUUAACAAUCUAGAUUACAUUAUCACACACCUGAACCAGAUUCAGAAAAAGUGGAUAUAUCUGGAACCAAUCUUCGGAGUUGGCACGCUGAAACGAGAGGAAGCCGUGUUCAAGAGCAUCGAUAAAAACUUCCGGUACAUAAUGAAAGAGAUCGCAGACGACCCUAGAGUCGUAUCGGUUAACAAGAUCAACAACGUAGUCUCCAUCAUUGAGACACUGCAGAACCAAAUAUCUCGUUGCCAAAAUGCACUGAGCUCAUACAUAACAUCCAAACGUAAUGCCUUCUCAAGGUUCUACUUUUUGUCCGACGAUGAUCUGUUGGAAAUUCUAGGCCAAUCAUCAAAAGAAGCCAUCAUUCAGAAACACAUUCGCAAGUUAUUUCCUGGAAUCUACAAACUAAUCAUUGAAGAGCAAAGCUUGCGUAUUUUAGGUUUCUGUAGCGAAGAAGGUGACGAAUUACGAUUGACAAGUCCCAUAGCAAUCACCGCGAUUGUUGAAGAUUGGUUAAAUACUUUUGUCUUGGAGAUAAAAUCAACUCUGAAACAUCUAAUUAAGCAAUGCCUCCAGGUGGAUACGUACGACGAAGGCGUUGUACGUGAGUUUCCUAUGCAAGUAAUUUGCUUGGUCAAUUCGAUCAAUUUUACUCGUCGAGUGGAGAAGGCCAUAUCUGGCAUGCAGCUCAGCGACCUUAAGCGACAUAUCCAGAACGAGAUCGCCAAGUUUUCAACGCUUCUUCACCACAAUACAGAUUCACUUACACAAAUUAAACUUAGAUCAUUACUGAUCGACCUAGUUUAUCAAUCCACAACUGUGGAUUAUUUGAGUAAUCACAAUGUAACGAAUCUGCAAGAUUGGUAUUGGCUUCAGCAACUUAAAUUCUACCAAGAACGUAACGGAAAUGUUAUCGUCAAAAUGGUUUAUGCAGAGUUUGAAUAUUCAUACGAAUUUCUCGGAAAUUACAACAAACUAGUUUACACAUCACUUGCUCACAAUUGCUACCUCACCCUAACCCAAGCGAUGCAACUUGGGUUAGGUGGAAAUCCUUUUGGACCUGCGGGAACUGGUAAGACCGAAUGCGUCAAAUCUCUAGGUGCAAUGCUCGGUAGACUGGUAUUGGUAUUCAACUGCGACGAAAACAUUGACACGGCUGCCAUGGCCUUGAUCCUAUCUGGCCUCGCCAGGUGUGGAGCGUGGGGUUGUUUCGAUGAGUUCAAUCGUCUACAGGAAGCUACCUUAUCAGCAAUAUCCAUGUUGAUUCAACCACUCCAGAUUGCCCUCAAAGACCAACAACAAGAGGUGCAAUUGAGCAACGAAACCGUUCCUUUGAAUCAUCAUUGUUGCGUGUUUGUUACGCUGAACCCAGCGGGAGAGGAAUACGGUGGUCGUCAGCAGCUGCCGCUCAACUUACAGGCCCUAUUUCGUCCAAUCGCCAUGCAAGCUCCGAGACCACAGCAAAUAGCACGAGUAACGCUUUUUGUAGAAGGAUUCAAAAACGCGGAUCGCAUCGGUGAUCAAAUCGUAGAACUGUUUGAGCUUGCUAAGAAGAUGCUCUCUAAACAACGUCACUACGAUUGGGGUCUUCGAGAGCUGAAAGCGAUCCUUUCGGCAUGCGGAUCUGCGCUCAAAGUUUCCGGAGGCGAACUGUCUUAUGAUCAAGAAGCUGGUUUAGCAGUCAACGUGAUCCGGUCGAACACUAUGUCCCGGCUUACCCUUUCGGACUGCAAACGUUUCGACAUUUUACUAUCCAACGUUUUUCCGAACAUUCAACUCGCUGACAGUCAAAAUGAAGACUUGAGAUCGAAGGUCUUGGAAGCUUUCACUAUCCUCGGAUAUCAGCCCAACAAUCGACAAGUUGAAAAAUGUCUUGAACUAGCGGCACAACUGCAGAAACGAAUGGGAGUCGUGGUCAUUGGAGCUCCUCGGUCCGGUAAAUCUACCAUUAUUUCGAUUUUGAAGGAAGCGCUCCUUGCACAAGGCAAAACAAUCAGGACGCACAUCAUCUCACCAAAGUCUAUGAGCCGAAUUCAGCUACUUGGAAAGCUCGACCCCGAUACUCGUCAAUGGACCGAUGGUGUGUUGACUUCAACGGCUGUAGCCGUCAACGCUGAACCUCGAUCUGUCAUAUCCUGGAUUAUCUGCGACGGAGACAUUGACCCGGAGUGGAUCGAAGCGCUUAACUCUGUUCUGGACGACAAUCGUCUGCUUACGUUACCAUCCGGAUGGAGAAUUCAGUUUGGGAGCAAUGUCAACUUCCUGUUUGAGACACAUGAUCUGUCAACGGCAUCGCCAGCAACAAUCUCCAGGAUGGGAAUCAUCAAUUUGAACGCGGAAGACCUACCGUACCAGUUGAUCGUUAACGCAUGGCUAGCGAAGCAUGCCGAAGGCGAUGUUCUGAAGUCAUUUAUAGAGGAGCAUUUCUAUCGGGCGAUUGAUUGGGUUGAUGAUCAGAAACAACGUCCAUCAGGAUUUUCAAUGAUCAGUUUGGCUGAAGCUGGACUGGUAGCAAUCGACAGUGCGAAGUCUACCGAACAGUUUUGUGCUAACCUUCUAUGUGGACUGUGUGGAGUACUAAACUUGGAUGAUAAGAACAAGCUUUCGAAUCAGGUAUAUUCGUGGGCAGAUGUAACAAUAACUGACAGCUCCGUGGCUGAAUAUCAUUAUUACAACUCGUUUCGAGAUAUGAUCGAGUUGUAUAGUACGGAUGAGAUUACCGGAGCGUAUAUUAGCGAAAACGUAUAUAUCAAUGUUUUGGUGAAGACACCUUUGAUGAAGCUCAGCGGUGAGCUUUUGAAAUGUGUUCUCCAAUCCAAGGAACGUCAAGUGGCAUUACUUGUGGGCCCUAGCGGAAAUGGAAAGAGUAUCCUGUUACAAACCAUUGUCAGCGAGUUCAACGGAUAUCAAUUAGUAACUGUUAACUGUAGUGCUCAGCUAACAACAUCUAGCAUUUUGAACACUUUGAAGCAAAACUCACUGGUCAUAACCACUGUCAAGGGCAAGGAAUACCGACCCAAAUUUUCUCGAAUAAUUCUUUACUUCAAAAAUAUUGACUUGUGCUGCGUUGAUUCCUGGGGUACAUGUGAAGUAGUCGAACUUCUCCUUCAGCUCAUCAACCGCAACGGGUUCUACUCAGAUUCACUUGAAUGGAUAAGCGUGUCUGGGAUUCAAAUAUGUGCGUCCAUUUCCAACCUAACCAAGUCCCAGGUGUCACCAAGAUUCCUAUCCAUUUGUCAUCUAAUACAAAUAGGUUAUCCCAGCAAUUCCGACAUGGAGAGCAUAAUGAAAAGUAUGAUUCUGCCCAUUUACAAUCAGCUAGGCAGAUCGAUCAAAUUGAAACUGAACGACUUGGCACGAGCGAUCAUGAACGUGUACUUUGAGAUUCAAGCUCAGUUCAACCGAGGCGCAACGGUACACUACCGAUUUACUCCCAAGAUGAUCGAACGUUGGGUUAGUGGUGUGCUGUACUAUCCGGAGGAGCAUUUUAGUCAAGCGGUAAGGUAUGAAUGCGAUCGCAUAUUUCGUGACCGUCUCGUAACCGAUGAUGACCGGCAAGCUUUUGACGAGAUCGUGCGGAAUAACUUCCGAACAUUGUUCGAUAUGGACAGCAAGAGCGUUUUCAUUCCUAAGGAAGGUCAACAAAUUUCUGAAUUACAACUAGUGGACAAGCAAUAUCUGUUGGACACCGUCAACCAGGUCAUCUCAUUGUGCAACUCGGAAGUAAUCUGUGUAGACAUUCCGAUGUCGGAAACUUUCCUGGACACAGUUUCCGCAAUGGUUCGAGUGCUAUCGAGGCCUCAAGCAAAUCUUGUACUUUGCGGAAGAAUUGGUUCCUGUCGUCUAGAGGCUCUUUACGUUGCGUCCAGCAUGUUAAACAUUAAAGUGGCCUUCCCACAAACUACCAAAAACUACACGAUCAACGACUUCAAUAACGAUAUAAAAAUCGUAAUGCAAAACUGCGCCAUCGAGAACGAGCCAGUCGUUUUCUACAUCGAUCAUGCAGUUAUUGACUAUCUGGAAGAUGUAAUGAAGACUUGCGAAGCCAUUCUCGAAGGAGCUGAUAUGUCGGACUUCUUCGGCGACGAUUUGGAGAACUUGGCGAACCCAUUGAAAGCCCAAGCAGCUUUGGAAUCAUUCCAACUGUCCCUCUCGGCUUAUUUUUUGCAACGUCUGAGCAAUAAUUUUCAUUUGGUGAUUCUCCUGGAAUAUUCCUCACCAAAGCUUAAGGAAUUAUUCGAAAAUUACUCUUCGUUGUACCAGAAGUCGGAAAUGGUUUGGAUUCUGGAUAAAAAAAUAACCCCCGUCGACAGUCUAACUCGAUAUCUUGGAGAAAUUAGCAAAACAAGUAUAGAUUCGCAACAAAUGCCCGUACCCGUAUUUUUCAAUGAUCUGGUUGACAGUAACAUCUGCCAAUGGUCUCGAUCUCCGAAGCGAAGCAUUCAGCUGGUUAGAACGUAUCGACACGUUUACGAGAGCGAGAAGACCGAUAAGGAACGCUACAAAUUCAAGAUCCAGAUUGGGGUCGAUAAACUGUCGGAAACUCACAAAGUGGUUGAAAAACUUAAACUAGAAGCUCAAGAAAAGCAGGCUGCAUUAGCAGAGAAGCGAAAACUGGCUAACACCUCUUUGGAGAUGAUUUCUUCAACUAUGCGAGGUGCCAACGAUCAAAAAACUGAAUUGCUGGAACUACAGCGAAAGACUAGAGAGAGCAGCGUUAAGCUUAUGGAGCGAAAGAAGGUCAUAGAAGAAGAGCUUAGUCAAGUUGAGCCAAUACUACGGGAAGCUAGUGCUGCGGUAGGUCAAAUCAAAACAGAAGCUUUGUCGGAGAUUCGAUCCUUGCGAGCUCCUCCGGAAACAGUACGGGACAUACUAGAGGGUGUUCUACGCCUAAUGGGCAUACGAGAUACCUCGUGGAACAGCAUGAAGACAUUUUUGGCUAAGCGUGGUGUUAAAGAAGAUAUUCGCUCAUUAGAUCCAGUGAGGAUCAACCCGGAAAACUGCCAGGCAGUAGAGAAAUUACUGCAAGCAAAAGCGGAGUCGUAUGAUCAGAAGAAUGCCAAACGAGCAUCUGCAGCGGCAGCUCCUCUGGCAGCUUGGGUUAUUGCCAAUGUGAAAUACUCGAAGGUGAUCCAGAGCAUAAAACCGUUAGAGCGAGAACAGAACGAGCUGAAGGAAAAUUUAGAGAAAGCCGAGAGGGAAAUGAAAUCUCUGUCCAGUGGGUUAGAUAACGUAAAUGACAAGGUUAAAGAGCUAUCUGAACAGUUGAACGUCUAUACACAGGAGGCAGCGAUGCUUGAGAUUAAGCUGGAAGAAGCAAAACACACUUUGCAUUGUGCAGAAGUGUUGGUACAGAGUUUAAGUUCGGAGUACAUUAGCUGGAGUAAGGAAUUAGAAGAGCUGAAUGAAACAAUCACUCAUAUGGAUAGGCGUAGCUUCAUGACAGCUUAUUGCAUCACUCACCUCUCUGAUCUGUCGUUGGAGGAUAGGAAAAACACUUUGGCGAAAAUAUCCGAGUUGAUCAAAGAACAACCUUUCAUUCUCGAUGAUCUCGUAACCAACCAAGACAAGAUUAUUUGGGAAAGUAUGGGCCUUACUGCUGACCAACAAUACCAAGAAAAUGCCAUUAUGCUCAAUAAAUUUCUACUGCUGCCUUUCGGAACGACACCCGUUCCUUUGCUGAUAGAUCCAACUGAGCUAGGCCAAAAGUGGCUAACGAACUACUUGAAUCUUUCGACUCGAACGUAUGAAUUGACAAACCAAUCUGCUGAUCGUUUCAGUUACAUACUCGAGUUGGCUAUUCGCUUCGGUAAAAUUCUCAUAAUCCGUAACGUUAAUGCAAUCGAGACUCCUCUACUCUCACUUGUCUUCACCCGUAUCCACAGCCGCUUCAACAAGCGAAUGGUUCAAAUUGGCAAUAAGCUGAUCGAUUUACACGACGACUUCAAACUUAUCCUGGUAACUCAGAACGAUAAACUCAAUCUAGGACCUGAGCUGCAAGCCAACUUCAUGAAUCUUAUGUUUACUACAACGGUUUCUGGACUUUCAGAUGUCCUUAAGUUUAAAUGGGUUCUGGCCAAGGACCCAGAAAUAGAGAAAAAACGAGUUGAGCUACUUCAGGAAGAAGGUCGGCUGACGAAAGAGAAGCGUAGUCUUCAAGAUCGUCUCCUGCAGGAGCUGUCCUCGUCGCAAGGCGACAUCCUGAAGAACGAACCUCUUCUGAACACCUUGAAUAGCAUCAAGGCUAGCGCAAGCUCAAUCGAGCAAUCAUUGACUGAGUUCGUUGGCAUACGUGAUCAACUGAUGGAACACUACAACCGCAGACGAGAAUUCUGCAGCAUGGCCUCUCGGUUCUAUAUGGGCAUUAGACGUUUCUACAACAUUAACGUAUCCAAGUUCACCGCAAUCUUUUUAAAUGUUAUCGAAAAUGAGAAACAUUCUACAACUGAAGAACUAUAUAAAGUCUUGGUGCGAAGAAUAUUUUCACUUUUGAGUCGUAGCAUCCCUAAAGAUGAACAAAUGAUUCUAGGAUUGAACAUCUGCAAGCAGGCCUUUCCUCAGCUGUUGCCGGAGAAAGAGUGGGAAUCUUUUGUUUUCAAUUUUACAAACGCAGAUCAAAUCUCGGAUCACCAGAUUCCAUCCUGGAUUAAGCAGGAAUGCGUUCCAAAAGUAUUGUCUAUGAAGCAACAACAUCCUGAGUUGUAUUCGAAGCUAAAUCUUGAGAAUGUCAACGUUUGGCAGAAGUAUAUAGAAGACGAUGAUGCCAGCGUCCCUGUUGGAGUUACCGAUUUCCAAGCUAUAAUGGUAGCUCAAGUACUAAGGCCUGACUUGUUGAUUCGAACAAUAACUCGAUCAGUUCAGAAUAUUCUUGGCCUGAAGACAUUGUACACGACACGACCUUCCAUCAAGUUGCUGUCAGAGGAAAGCUCAGCCGACGAACCCCUUCUGCUAAUUACGUCGUCCGGUAUUGAUCCUUCGGAAGAGGUUCGAGAGUUCGCCAAACAGACGAUCGGGUUGUCCAAAUACGCAGAGCUGGCCAUCAGCAAAGGUCAUGAAAUCGAUGCCAUGAAACUGAUCAAGGAAGCUGCCACUGGCGGAGGAUGGGUGUGCGUGAAGAACAUUCACACCGUUCCACAGUGGCUUCGUCAUCUGGAUGAGGCAUUAAAGUCGAUGAACCCGGUAGAAGACUUCAAACUAUGGUUAACAUCGGAAACGGACAGAAACUUGUACGAGAUUUUCAUCAAGAAGUGCAACAAGGUACUCUACGAACCUCCGAAGGGGUUGAAAUACAAGAUGAAAAUGUUGCUGGACCAGCAUGUUGGAACUGUGACCAAGAAGCGGGACUACAAAUCGAUCAAGAUGUACGUUGGAUUGUUCAUGCUGCAUUCGAUCAUUCAAGAGCGGCGAUCGUACAUUCCACAAGGCUGGAGCAAAUGGUACGACUUUUCCGAUUCUGAUCUUCGAACUUCGAUGCAACUGAUCAAGUACACCGAAGGAUCAAACACACUGAAGAUUGCCUGGCCGUUGAUACAAGGCCUAUGCGAGAAGGUUGGCUACGGAGGAAGGAUUGACAACGACAGCGAUUUCGAGAAGUUGGAGUAUCUUCUGCGGGAAAUGUUCGACGAGAAAAUCAUGGCAAGUCGUUGGCAACCGAUGUUCAUGAACAUUAAUUUUCCGAAUUCCAACCAUUUGGAUGACUAUGUCAAAGCGGUUGAUCAACUCCCAGAUUCAGAUACGCCCAAUAUGUACGGGAUACCGAUAUCAACGAAUGCCUCAAGAGAUGUGAUCUUCUGUAGAAAUACGUUGAAGGAGCUUAGACAAAAAUACUUCAGUGGUGGCAGUAACCAGAAUUACGAGAAGCGCGUCAAACCCAUUAUAAAUUUGUGGGGAAAACUUAUGAGUGGAACAAUUGCGAGCCGCUUGGACACAGUGAUCGAGCGCAACAAGAAUAGCCAAGAUGCAUGGAUGAUCUUUGUACUGUCAGAGUUGGCGAUCGUGCGAAGUCUCUACGACUUGAUCAACGCUACGCUUCAGAUGCUCAAGAACUCUAUGAAGGAACUAGCAACCAUCUCAGCGAAGGAUCGUACCAUGCUCAUUACCAUCUGUGACAACCAGGUUCCUCUGCAAUGGCGUCGAAUCUGGAGCGGUCCAAAGACGGUAAUCGAGUAUCUGAAAGCGAUUGGAUUCAAAACUCGGGAAACGGAGCAAUUGUACAACAAGAUCGUUGAGGAGGCUCGUGUUCAAGAGAUCAACUUUAAAAAUUUGUUUAGCGUUGAUGCUUUCCUGACGACCAUGAAGAUGAUCAAGUCCGAAGAAUUGGGCGUGUCGACAACGAAGUUGAAGUUAGUGGCUUACUUUGACGAUCGCAAACGAGAGAAGUCAAUCACGAUAGGUCCUUUGCUGAUUGACGGAGGUAACCUGAACAAUGGUAAGCUGGCGAUUCAACAAGGUUCGCAGCAGCUCGCUGGGUCGUGCUACACUGGCAAUUUCUUUCUGGAUUAUAUUGAGUCAGAGGAGGUUGCGAAUGGUCAAUCCAGCAACAGACCUGGAAGCGUGAGUUCACGGGUGGAUCAAUUUGAAAUCCCGUUGUACAAUAAUAUCUCCCGAGACGCCCUAAUAUGCCAGAUAGCGAUCGAGAUCAGUCCCGGUCUAAGCAGGGUUCAACUAGUAACAGCAGGCCUUGCCUUGAUUGUGCCGGAAACUUAUUAGACGAUAAGGAGAAUUUCUUUCAACACUGAAAAUCAAGUAGUUUGAGUUACUAGUUACGUUUAAUCACACGGAAUUAUUUACACAGUUUACAUCCGAUUGGCAAUUCAAGCCAUAGAUGAACACACCUUGGUACAUAUAAGGGGCACUAUUGCAAAUAAAGCUAGGAUUUCCCUUCGGAAGUAUCGGACGUACCGUUGGAACUACUUGAAGAAGCACUUCGAUCUAGAUUUCGGAUCAUACCUGUGGCAGGGCCUUGGAGAACUUUCCUCGAGAGACGCAUGAAUCCGGAUACCGGAUCUCGGCCAAAGUACUUGACCUGAAUUUCGGAACCAACUUCCAGUCCCAGUGCGGAAGGGUGAGCAAUCUGCAACGAGGAAUUGGACCCAGAAUCAGUAACUGAACAUUUGUAUUUCUGUGUAGAUCGUAAGUAA